AUGGCUACCAAUCACGUGCCAAGUGACCAAACCCCAUUGCAGGCUCAGAACAUCUACACCGACGCCUCCUAUCAGCAUCUCUUCAACUCGGCCGACCGUUACGGCACUCCCUCAUGGGAUUCUCAGUUGGGCCAACAAGCGGGUCUGACCGCGAAUGCGUCGGGCCAGCACUGGCACAACGGCGCCUUCACACAAACUUCCUUCCCUUCUCAUGGCCAGUCUUAUGCGACACAGAAUCCCAGUGCGCGAACACCCUCGCCUUAUCAAUAUGGACAGUUCGGACAACAGGGGUCGAUGGGCAAUUAUGGCCAGUCAUCGAAUGUGGAUCCAACGCUGGGCCUUGACCCAAACGCCAUCAGACAGCAACAGCAACAGUCCCCAUAUCCGAUGCCCAUGAGACAUGCCACUCCCCAGGGUCAACAUGGAACGAUAACACCACAAGCUUUGCAGCACAACGUCACAUCGACCCAACAACAUCGACCUUCCGCGUCACCUUAUCAGAUACCCAAGAGCACAUCAGAGAUUUUUGCUCAGCAGCGUUCAGUGCCCGCAACAUCUUUUGUAAAGCCGGUGCGGGUUCCUGAUUAUGAGAUACCAAAGGGCAGGAAGUCAGGCGGGCUCUAUGUUGUGGAUCAGGCUGCACUGGCGAAAGCUACCAAGUCUAUUGCCUUGAAUAAAUUCGUGACUCUUGGUUUGGAAUCAUUUCACCUGGCUACCAAUAGAACUGCACUCCCUGUUUACACAGCCCGACAGUCCAUCAAGGACCUGAAAAAGGCGGGUGCGGACAGUAAGAAACUGCGUGCCAAACUCGCCAUGGCCAAAUCCCAAUCCAAGAUCUUGAAGUCGGUGAAGAGGCCUAUGGAAAGUUUGGCAGGAUCGAGAAGAGAAGUCAGCGAGAGCGAAAGCUCUUCCGAGUCCUCCGAGGACGACAGUGACUAUACAGAUGAUGAAGAAGAGGAAGUAAUGCCUAUCCCUGCUUCCCGGCCCGACGAUCCUCACGAGGCUGUCCGGUAUGAUGUUAUCAAGGCCACCUGGUUUCCUUCUUCCUCAUCUCCAAGCUCAGAUAAAAUCAAGAGCAGCAUGCGCGAGAUCUGGGAAGUGCUGAGUACAAUACAAAAGCGAUGGCGAAUCGACAGCAAGGCUGUGACUGAUGCGGAAGAUCAAAAGAAGGUGGGCGAGUUGCCCGUACUCAAGAGCCGGGUCACGAGUCAACGCGAUCUCCUUCAUUCGGCUCUCAAGGCGGCUCUGGAAUUUUCCCAUCCUGAUGUGGUUUACCACAUGGGGCAGAUUAAACCUUUUCUUUACUUGUGCUAUCAGUUCUUGGCGAAUCGCUUCCAUAGUAAGGAUUAUGAUGGGCCGCUUUCGGCAGUCAUCUUUGAGGUACUGUCGCGUUGUGGCACUCUGACUUCUGAGCUUCUUGAAGAAACAAAAGUCAUCAAGGCGUUGACCUCUAUGAAGAAACAUGCCAAUGAGAAGCACAAGGGCUUCAUCCAACAGAUCAUUGACAGCGCCGUGUCCAAUUCGAAAAAGGCAAAAGCCAGCCCUUCGCCCAGUGCUGGACCAACAGAAAACAAGGGUGCAAAACGGCCAGCAACAGAACUAGGCAAUCGCUCAGGAAGUGAAGGUCCCGUGGUGAAGAAAGCCAAGUCUGUUGAACCGGUAACGAAUGGAGUGAAAAAGGACAGCGCAACGGUACCGGCUAAAACUUCUGCGACCUCGUCUGCCACCUUUGCGCAGAAGAAGGCUGGUGAGAAGGCUGCGACUGCGUCUGCACCAAUCAAAACUCGUGUCAGCCAAAUCGCGAACAAGCCAUCCAGUAUCUUCGCCUCCCUCACUGCUGCAGCUAAGAAGCCAACAGCGCCAACGGGUACUGCGGCGACUAAAUCCAGUGUCCAAGCCAAGUCUACCGCAGCCACUGCUGCAAAGGACAGGAAACCGGCCACCACAACUCCAGCCAAGCCUGCCUUCUCCUUUGCACAAACUAUGGCGUCUCUGCCGAGACGAGCGAAGAAAAGGCCAAGCGUCUGCGAAAAGAAUCUCGAAGACACCUCCGCGUUACUUUUCGCCCGGACGCAUCUCUGGUGGACAUCAAGUACUUCACUCAUGUGCCAGAAGAGGAAGAAGGUCACGAGGAGAACUUUGUGCGGGACGCUGGUGACAAGCUGA